UGUGAUUGGCUGCUGUCUGCCCGCGCUUGUUGUGAAGUCUGUUUUACUUGUGCCCUCCGAUGACAUGGCCGCUGCUGGCAGGUCCGAGCAGACUGACCCCCAGGAAUUGCGGGAGGAGGUGGAGCUGCAGAUUGAUGAUGUUGCUUUCUCACUUACCAAACUCCUGGAGUCUACUUCAGCAGUUGCAUCCCAGGUGGAAGAAUUGGCAGAAAAAUGUUCAGCAAAUGCACGCUUUUUGAAGGCCUGGAAAAAUCUUCUGAAAGAGGGUUAUCAAUCCUUGAAUGCAACAAGCUAGUUUAAAAUGGAAACUGUGUCACUCUCUUGUACCAUGGAAACAAGGGGAAAUUAGACUUUGUACAUUUUUUUUGUCUCACAGUGAUUGUAAUUUAUUCACUUGUUAACUUUGUGUAUCAAGCUACUUAGAACAAACAGUGCACAUUGAUUGUCUCCAUUCUCAUU